AUGUAUUUAUUAAUAUUCUUAUUGAAUUUUUUUCUAUCGACUUCUCUUUAUAUUAAUGCAGAAAUUAUUUCGAAUAAUGAAAUUUCUUAUCCAACAUUAUGGCAAACAGUACCAGAAUCAUUAACUGAAUAUCCAUUAGUAUAUGAUGAUAAUUCUUCUCGAUAUAGAUUAAUUGAUCCAUGGUUUUAUCCACAUAGAUUAGGUUUAUAUAAAAUAUUAAUUAAUAUUACGACACCAUUAAUGCCAUUUUGUUCAUCAUCAAAUGCAUCGAAUAUACUUUUUGCACUUCCAUCACAAUUCGGUUGGCAAUAUGAUUCAAAUCGAUUAUUUACAAAUGGAACAUUAAAUAUAUCUUUAAAUAGUUGGUGGGCAUCAGCUAAUUAUUAUCUAUCAGUUAUACCAUUUCUUGCUGCUAUUGAUGUUGGUCUUAUUCCUUAUGAAUCAUUUCGAAUUGUUCAAUAUGAAAAUUUCUGUUCAAAUUCAAUUCAAUGUUACAAACAAGUACCAAAAGCUAUGGAACAAUGGCAUAAAUUUUUUAUUCAUCUUCAACAAUCACAUAAGAAUAUUGAUGAUAGAAUACUUGAUAAUGAUUAUUUAGGACCUAUGUGGUUAGCAUAUGAAGCUUCAAUUGAAAAUGCUUUACCAUUAAUUCAAUCGAAAUUAUCAUAUCUUCCAUCAAAUGUUGAACGAUUAUUUGGUUAUAGUUGGGGACGUUUAAUAAAUUUAAUUGCGAUGACAAGAAAAAAUACAAAUUUAUAUGAAACAAUUAAAAAUCAACGUACAUUUCUUCCACGUCGAAUGUUAUUAGAAAGUGAUCGUUUAACACAAACAAAUGAUUUACCUGAAUUAGUUAAUAAAUCAUUACAAGUACUUUUCUCAUUUCGAUUUGAUUGGUUAACUUAUAUUGAAAAAAUUUGGUCGAAAUUAACAUGUAAUUAUGAAGCACGAAUCUAUGCUCAAUAUACAUUAGAAUCAAUGGCAACAUCAAAAUUUCUUGCUCUUAAAUAUUUAACUCAAGCUAUGAUUAAUGCUAUAUUAUUUCAAUGUGAUACUACAUUUAAAAUUGAUCUCUAA